GAACGCUUAGCUCCGCUUCGAGUCUGCUCGUAGCGGCGCGCGACAUUCCGCUGCCAGUUUCGUUCAUCCGCUCGAGCAAGUCACCUCCGGUCAGCAUGUGCGAAGGUUCUUCAAGAACGCGUCGCGUCGCUUGACGAUCGAUCCUACGAUCUCCAAAUUCCCUCUCGAUCGAUUUCGAUCGCGCGUAAUCCGAUCCGGCGGAAACGAGCGGCGGCGAACAGUCCCGAGUGUUCGUCGAUUUACCCUGAAGACUUGGAACUUCAUGGCACUGCUGUUGUUUCUUCAAAUUUAUAUCCUCCGUGUGAAGGAUCUUUUUUUAAAAUAAUAAUUAAAAAGAUCCUUGGUUUUCGAGGACAUUCGACGGGCUCCUCUUCAUGGUAACCAUGGGAUCAAUUAUAAACUUUAGAACUGUGAGAUUCUUUUUAAAAAAGCAUUAGUUGACACGCGUUUAGAUGUUGAAGAGUCCCGACAGAUCCGAUAGUGUGUAGUUGUUGAGUGAAGUGUAAUGAACUUUUGCUAUAAUUUGGUAAUUAUUAAGCAAGAGGAGAAGCUGGUGUAACGUAGAGGAACUGACUGUUGUUGGUUUAAGAAGAUCAUUGUGCUGGUGAAGUGUGUGAACAGACGAUGAGGAAACUGUUUUGAACUGGUGGCCGAUGAGAUCGGACGGGUUAAUACGCGGCUGAACCGAGGCAAUUAUCUUAGAGCCGAGACCACUGGUGCUAAUUAAUCACUGCAACUCUGGAGCCCUGGUUUCGUGGUAGACAUUCAUCUUUCAACUUCUUCAACCUGCCGAGUGGGUUUCUCAUCGAACGAGCAGUUAGAGCGAACUGAUCCGAAGAUUCUUUAGGUCAUAACCGGAAAUUAUGAGGUGGCUGUGGAUUAUCGUUCUAAUAGCUCUGGCCCUGCCAGCGGCCGUGCCACGGAAGACGCAUCGCAGUAAACCAACGCCAAGGUUGUACGGGGAGAGGGUACCUGUCAAGCUAAUAAGGACGAGUAGCAGCAAGGUCCGACAGAAGAUCGUCGAUACCCAUAACUAUUUUCGCGCCCAAGUCAAACCACCCGCUGCUAAUAUGCUGGUAAUGAAGUGGCACCCAGGCUUGGCCAAAGCAGCACAGAGAUGGGCGAACAGAUGUCUCGGAUUGGUCCACGACAAUGCAACCGGCCUAUAUUUGGAUGGUUUUGGACAAAGUGGACAAAACAUCUUCAUUACAACGGGACGAACACUUUGGAAUUUCCCGAUUAGAAUGUGGUACAUGGAGUACAAAGACUACAAGUUCGGCGACGACGAAAGCAACGACCUGCACGAAAUCGGUCAUUACACUCAAAUCGCGUGGGCCAGCACGCAUCUGGUAGGCUGUGGGGUGAGCCAUUGUACCGGGAGCAGAGGGCCCCUUGGCAAGGACUUCUUCAUGUACGUGUGCAACUAUGCCCCGAGUGGCAACUAUAAAGGUCGGCUAGGUCACCCUUACGUGGUGGGCAAACCGUGUAGUAUGUGCAAGGAGCAUUGCACACGUAACAAGCUUUGCACGAACGCUUGCUAUUAUACCGAUUUGUGGUCGAACUGCGCCGAGCUGGUAAGGACGUUUCGUGCCUGGGUCUGCGAGACGAACACAAAGGAGGGACGGGAACGACGGAAAUUCUGCGGUGCUACGUGCAACUGCAAGGACAAGAUUUACUAUCAUCACGGGUAGUGAACGAGGAGCAUCGCCGCCAGGUCGAGGCUCUAGAUCGCACUCUCUUCGUACCGGUUGAUACAUCAGCAUCGUUGCCAAUUCAUCAGGAUGCAUCGACGAGACUGCGAGGUACGAGAUCGUUUUCGAACGAUUCAUGCACCGAUCGUGCGGGAAUUAAGGUCACGAUGAAAGCGGUUUCCGGGUACUCGUCGAUCGCUGCUUUCGGCUCUGUACAUUCACGAGCAAAGGGAAACGUAUUCUGUUUUCUUUUAUUUUAUUUUUAUUCUGUGUUGUGGUAUGUGUUUAUCGUUUUACAAUAUAUUUCAUAAUUGACCAAUGAAUUUUUGCAUUUGCGUUAGCCUCGGAGUAAAUCAAACUAGUGUACGGAAUAAUAUUUCGCUCGUUUCGUUUGAGCUGGAAAGUUGAACAAGGAAGUAGGGAAGACGUCGAGCAAUCAAAAAGCAGAUGAGAAAGUAAAUUGAACUCGAUGAACUUGCUUGCCAUGGAACUUCUAGCUGAAGAAGUUUCAUUCCGAAAAUCUACCGAGUUUAAUGUAUCAUAUUGAACAUUUCUGUAACAGUAGUCAAAGUCCAUAGAAUCUUCAGGGAAAAUUUGUUGAAAUUCGUAACAGUAUUAGAAUACACGAUUACAAACUUAAUUGUAUUUGACUUUCCACUUUCGGUUCAGAGAAAUCUUUUAAAAAAUUCAUAGAGUUCCGAAACGAGCCGAUACGUAAUUAAGGCCGUAUAAUUGAAAUUUCAUCGCGUAUCUAACGACGGUAUCCCGAGCCACCAAUUAAUCAUUAAAUACCCUAGUCAUCGUUCUCGUGUAAACACGCCGCUUUCAUAAGGGUUAAUCACGUUAAUUCUCCGCAUCGAGCGAUGUUCGGAGCGUUCGGUUCGUUGAGCUCAAAAACGAGAAGAAAAUUUCCCUUUGCUCUGUAAUUACAUUCAACUACGUCAUCUCGAAAAUUUACUCUAUUUUCCCUUGAACACCCUCGUGGAUCUAUUUAAACUACGUCGGUGGAAAAGCAACCCCUGUCGCCCUGGGGAACGAUGGAGAGGAUUCGCGAAAUAAGGCAGGAUCAGGAGGACCCUUUUGAUAUUUGUAAACGAUAAGAGUGUCUAUACCAGGUCUGGACAGUUGGAUGCCUUUGAGGUAUUUCAACUUAUUUCCCAGAGGUCAAAAUGAGACAAAGUGACACAAUAUAUGAAAUGAUUGAAUGAAAAUAAAUCAAAAUUUUAAGUUCAAAUAUAUAUAAAAGAAAACCAUGCAGCUAUUUGAUUGUUUAUUUUAAAUGUUCAUUUCAUCUUACCAAUCGAGGAUUACUACUAUUUGACAUUAUAGUCCUUUAAAGCACACGAAUUGUUCAGACUUGGUUUUUAUAGACGUGCAUGCGAUGUGUAAAUACGUAAGUAAGCGAAUAACAGAAAAAGAAAAAGUGUAAGUGAAACAUUAGGAGUAUUUACAUGGUCGUUUGAUUUUGGACGUUAACGAGCCGCCAAUAAAAAUUUUUUUGUUAAUAUUACAAGAAGAUUAUAAAAAGAAUGAAUUUUCUCUGAAAUAAAUACUUGAAAACUCUUGAUUUUUAAAACGUAUACAACUGUUUAUGUACAAUGAUUUUCUUUCAUUUUUAAAAUAUUAAAAAUAAGAAAAUAAUUGAGUGUACAUAAAGGAAGAAUUGUUUUUAUUGGCAGGCUCGUACGUCGCCUAAACGUGGGACUAAAAUGUAUGAAAGGUAACCGGAAACCCUGUCUUCUGAACGUGUUUAGCGACGUAAAUUCAACGAUAGUUAGUGUAUACAGAAAGACAACACGUUGUAUAAUUUAUUUCAUUCGAGCACUUAUGAAUGCGAACCUGUAUUAAUUAAAAAAAAAAAAAAAGAAAUAAAUAAACGAGGAAAAACUGUAAAUACAUUUGAAUCUGUAACAUAUCGCUGCGGACAAUUAUUAGUAUAUAGGAAUUUUAAUUAAUUAUUCGCGAAUUUUAACCUAAUUAUAGAUCGUUCAAGCUGGCAUAAUUAACCAUACAAAGAAUUAAACUUGAUUCUUACCUUGUUAAUAUUGAAGGUGUUAGGCUAAGGGUGGGUGUCUUCCGGAGGGGUGGCAGCUGAGGAGACUUUGAAUAAUUUUUUCCCUUCACCAAAAUUAAGGGUUAAUUAACGAAUUAUUAAUAAAAAAAGCAGUGACCAAUCACAGCACUCAUAAUGCGCAAGCUCAAACCUACUGUCCAAGUAGGGGAAUCCACUCCUGGAAUACAUGUUUUGGGUCCCCUUCCAACGCUGCUCCUUCAAGUAAGAUGGAACGGUUCCGACUACGUCCCUCCGUCUUUCCUAGCGGCGGUAUUGUCUAAUUAUCGGAAGGGGACCCAAAACAUGUGUUCCAGGAGUGAAUUCCUCUUUUUGGAUAGGCCUGGGCUAUGAGUCCGCACUCGACCGUGGUCGCGAACAAACUACUCAGCACGUCGGUUCGUAGCCGACACUCCUACGGCCGAGCCUGCGCAGUGCGCACUAUACAGUGUUUUUAAUUAAUAAUUCAGAAACUAAGUUUUAACGAGUAUUUUGGUAAAGGAAAAAGUCGUUCAAAAUUUUCCUAGCUACCACUCCCUCAAAGGACCCACCCUUAGCUGAACACCCUGUAUAACUAGCACUAUUUCUAAUUUCUAAUUUCUAAUUUCUAUUUCUAUUUAUUUAUUUUUACUUAGGGUUAAAUAUGAUCCUGUCCUAUACAUAGAAUUAUUUUGUUAUUGUUUUUGUUAUACCUUUAUAUGCCAAGUUAAGUUUUCAAGUGAAGGUGAUUAUAGUAAAAGGGUUAAUAAUGCCAAAGAGAAUUUUUCCAGCAUUCUCUGGCCCUUGAACGAUAUAAUAUCCAUCAUCCAUCAUUUAUCGUGCUAAAAUAUUUUCCUCGAAACAAGAAAAGAAAAGAAAGAAAAACAAUGAAUCUACAUGCAUUCACGAGUGCUCAACAAAGAAAUGUAAAUUAUGGACUGUUUCUCGUUACGCACCAAUUAUUCAUCGAUUGCAUUUAAUGAUCGAUCGAAUCCCUGGGAAAAAUGUGUCGUCUAACAUUUCCGUAGAAUUUGUUUGCUAACGCCUCACAGAAAUACUAUUUUUCAUCACGUUUUUCGAGCCGUAAUCGCGACCGUGAUCGACGAGAGCGAGAUUGCUUUGGAAAGACGUGCGCGUAAGGAAUCUAAACGAACAACAAGUAAUGGAAUGUAUGGAAGGAGAAAAGAGUGUAGUUUGUAAGGUACAUGUAUAGUAAGAUGAAUACAAACGACAAGUAACAAUGUGGAUAAUAGGAGACACACAACCAGUUAAUUGGGUUAAAAUGAUUAGUUCGAAAGGGUUGAUUAAUCUUUAACGCGAAAUGUAAUUCGCGAAACUGUGUCACGCGAAACGUUGUAAGCUGUCAUACUUUGUUCACUUACCGAAAUAAAGGUCCUGUAAAUAUUA